AGAAAUUAUUCGCUUAGUUACCUUGGGUGUAGGUGUAUAUUCCCUAUAAUAACGUUUUAAUUUAUUCUCGACCGAUCAUUACUUUAUUGUACAACUACUUAUAAAGUUAUUAUUCCUAGUAAAAUACCGAAAAAACAGCCAUCGAAAUGAACGGAAAACUUGUCUUGUGUAUUGCGGUAGUCUUCGUCGCACAGGUUAGAUUUUUAAUGUAUACACAAUAUUAUUAGGUAUGCUGCAGUAAUUUAAUAUUUUUGAAUUAAUUUGUUUGUUAAUCUGAAAUUGAAAAAUUUUUAAUUUUAAAAUAAUAUUAUUAACCCUUAGUUACUUGGAAAUUGUGUUUUUCACCGUCUUAAUUUUGUGUUAAGGAUAGUAGUGGAUUGGAGAUUAUUUGGUCUACUGUCAAGAAAAUAAUCGGCUAAAAAUGUCCAAAAUUUUCUUAAUAAAUUAAUUAAUCUUUUUAAUUAUUUUACUAAGAAUUUUCUAUUUUGUAAAAUAAUUCACAGGUCUGGCACUCCAGAAACCACAAAAAGCUAUCAAAGCGUUAAGAUAAUAAUAAUAUUUUUCUAUUAAGCAUACAAUUUCAUAAUUUUGUUUUGUUUUCAAAAGUAUAGGUAGGCGGAAUCAUUAUUUUAAACUUGAAGUUCGUGUCAGAUUUUGUUACCUCUACCAUCCUGAUACCCUAAAUUGUUUUUCUUUAAAAAAUAUUAGUAUUUUUUAUAAACUUUGUCGAACUGGCGGAACGUAAUCAUUUUGUUCUGCCGAACAUUUUUAAAAAUAAACAUAGUUUAUAAAUAAUCCAUCGUGCCGGUCCUAUAAAGGUAUCGGUCCACUGCGCUGUGUAGCACCGUAAAAUAUUUUUACCACUCCACUUCGUGUUUUCGUCGAUGAUGCAAUUCUCGGAAAAAUAUUAAUUAUUUUAAAUUAUAAUAAAAAAAAAAUUGUUUAUAGAGUUAAUUCAGCUACAAUUUUCUUUAAAAUAUUUCCCACGUGAAACACGCUCAGAAUAAUUAAAUUUAAAUAUUUUUCCUAAAUGUUUCGUUAGCACGGGAAUUUAUUUAAUGUUUUACGAAGGUACAACCGUAGAGUUAUAAUAUAAAGACAAGAAUUCGUGUAUAUUCGAUUGGUUUCGAUAGCCAAGUAACAAAAACAGCUAAUGACAAUGUAAUCACAAAAAUAAAUUCAAUUUUUGUUAAGCGUUUGAUAAAAACAAUACAAUUUGGCUAAUAUGACAAUGUUGUACAUAUUUAUUUCAUUUCGGAAUAAUAAUAAUAUAAUUAUAAUAUCAAAUAACGAGAUUAGUAAUAGUUGUAAUAAAUAAACUCCAGCCAUUGCAGUUCACGGAUACUGUCUUUCAAGGGAAUAUAAAAACGGAGUAAUUUAGUUACAUGAGCUAGACUUGUCAAUUCGUAUAGGUAAAACAAAUUAUGCAGGGCCCUGUGAAAUCUAAUUGCUACUUUAUUGCGUUGAGCAUUUCUUGUGCGAAAACACACAAAAUAACUCAGCGUUUUCAAUAAAAUACAAUUAUUUUAACUGUAAAAAAAGAAAAGUGAACACCGGAGUGUACGUAAACAAGUUCAAAUAUUUGACAGUUAGACGGCUAAACGGUUUUUAAUAACAUUAACUAGCUACCACUUAUCGUUAAUGAGUACCUAAUAACUUCGAUUUGCUGCACUUGCAAUAAUCGGUAUUAUUUCUAUUGUAACAGAACAUAAUAUUAAAGUUUGUCCUUUUGUUUGCUUUGUAAUCGCUAUAGCCAUCCCGUUGUAUAAAUUUGUAGAUUUCAAUGUUUAAACGAAUAUUUUGUAGACCGUGACCGCGUCCGUAACUGACGCUGAAAAUGUCGGAAAAAUCGUCGAUCAAUUCGCUCAAUCCGGUAUAUCUAUUACCAACCACAUAAACCAAAAGCUCGGACUCCCUAUAGUUGCUACAGACAUCCAAAAAUCCUACGACAAAGUGAAGGCCUUCGUUAUCAAAGAACAGCCAGAGGUUAGAAUAAUAGUAUUCUAUUAAUAUAGUUUUUUUUUCGAUUUCGAUUUAAUUUAAGUAAUAUUUGAUACUAUUUUUCUAUAUUGUUCUUGUAUGUAAAUAAUAGUGGGAAAGUAAAAUUGCCGCGUUGAAGGAUACGAUCAGUAAAAAUAUCGAUCCGAGAAUAGCUGAAAAAUUUAACGACAUAGAACAAGAAUUCCACAAAGAAACUAAAGACAUUAAAUUAUUCGAUUCGAAGAAAAUGGCCGGUUCAAUUACAUAUGCUACGAAAGAUAUCGAAGUAAGUAGUUAUUUUAAACCUGACAUUUUUGGUUUUGUUUUUCAACAUUCUACUACUCGUGCGAAUCAUAAAUGUCCCAUACGUUAGAUACAUUACAUUUUUGUGAACAUAAUAUAACCGAUAAUAGUCAAUAGUCAUUUUUGAGCAUUUAGCGGUCGUCUUUUAAAAUACUUAAAAACUUACUUUACUUACAAACUAUGAUAAUCAAAAUAUUGUUUCAGACCUCUAUCAAUAAAGUCAUCGACGGUUUAAAGAAGCCAUGAAUAAUUUAACGCUGUGGAAAUAACCCACAACCGUAUUUUUAUUCAUUUUUUUUUUUAAAUUUAUAUUUUUUUCUAUAAUUUAUUCUGUAUUAAUUUUGAUUUUUAAUAAUAAAAAGAAAAUAUUCAUCUAAAUAUUUUAUUAUAAUUACCUGGAUACUCGUAAUGAUUUUUUCGUUGUUCAAAAUAAUAUAGGUACUCGCAAAAACAAAUACUUUUGAUUACUGAAUACUUACUGAUUGCGACUCUCCCGGUGAGGUUAUAUCGGGUAUAAUUAUUAUA